AUGAACAAUAGAGCCCCUAACCGGAUCCGUAUUGUUCUUUCCGGUACAUAUUCCAUGCAAAACGAAUCCGCGGCCCUAGUACCCUCAGCGAUGAAUGACGCCACAGCUGAAUCCCUGUCUCUCCUCCUGCUUCUAGGCCACCAAAACAAUGCCGUGUCUGAACUGCGCCGAGCGAUGAGCUCUCUCCGCCUAGUAGAGAGUUACUUGAACCAAGGAGAAUUACUCCUUCGGUCAAUUAUAAGGCUGCAAAGUUCCUUUGACGUCCCCUUUCAUGAAACAUCCCCUCCGAUGUCUCCUUUGCUACUCCCCAGCCGCCGGUCCUCCCAUGACCUACUCAAAGCCGCGGCAAACAUCCUGCCGCCUCUGCCUCCAAAAUCACCCGAUCGACUGCCGGCAAUGCCCCUGGAGAAGACUAGGCCUUCAGUCGACGAGUUUUCUGACAAGUCGUGCUUUCCCAUACGAGAAUCGAAACGGGCUCGCCGUCUUCGGAGAAUCACGAAACGGAUCCCUUCCCCUGGAAUCACCGAAAGUUUGAAAGCCGAGGUUGCCGCGGGAUUGUCGCUUGAUCACGACGAACCUACGCUUGUGGAGCCGGUGCCCUCGAGCUCAAGGGUGGAGUCGACGGUGUUCUUGGUGAUAGAGGAUGGCGUGGCAACGAAACAUAAGCUCCUGAAGCCGUUUCCGCGGAAAAGCGCCAGACGAAGUAAAAAGAAAAACGUAAUUCAGAGGGCUCUAGGCUGGGCAUUGAGACGCGAUGUAUAA